AUGGAGUCAAUAUCGAGAAUCUCUGGCCUCCUGGAGGCUGCCAGAGAACUCACCCUCGAUGCCGCCCAGGCGACGCGCGGCGUCCGCACAACCUCCAAGACGCUGGACCGCACCCAGAUGCGCAAGCUGCUCGACAGCCGCAACGACCGCGAGGUGCUCGAGGGGCUGCGGCGUGUCAUAGCUAUGAUGUACCGCAACCACAAGACGCUCCCCUUCUUCUCCUCCGUCGUCAAAAACGUCGCCUCGCCCAACUUUGAAAUCAAGAAGCUCGUCUACAUCUACCUCAUCCACCAUGCCGAGCAGGAGCCCGACCUCGCCCUGCUCUCCAUCAACACCAUCCAAAAGUCGCUAUCCGAUACGAACCCCCAAGUCCGAGCCCUUGCGCUCAAGACCAUGUCGGGCAUCCGCGUGCCCGUCAUCAGCCAGAUUGUGUCGCUGGCCAUCAAGAAGGGCGUCGCGGACAUGAGCCCCCUUGUGCGCAAGGCCGCGGCUCUUGCGAUUCCCAAGUGCUAUCGCCUGGAUCCGAGCCAGUCGCCUCAACUGCUGGAAUAUCUGGCCACGCUGCUGGGUGAUAAGCAGUACUAUGUCGCUGGCGCGGCUGUGUCGGCGUUUGUGGAGGUUUGCCCCGAUAGGAUCGAUAUGAUACACAAGCAUUACCGUGGCCUGAUUAAGAAGGUCGUGGACAUGGACGAAUGGAGCCAGCUUGCUACGCUCAAGCUGAUGACAUACUAUGCCCGGAGAUGCUUCCCACGGCGAACUCAGCCAAUCCCAGAAAAUGACGCCCCUCAGGCGCAGACGCAGACGCAGACCACCAUGGAUGACUUUUACGGAGAAGCAAGCGCAUCCAAACCCACCACGCAGUCGACCUCGCUGGAUCCUGACCUGACUCUGCUAUUGAACGGAAUCAAACCUCUUCUGCAAAGUCGAAAUUCGGGCGUCGUCGUGGCCGUCACAAGGUGUUAUAUGGACGUCGGCACACCAGAAUACGUCAAGCUCGCCAUAGGGCCUUUGGUCGCCCUGCUGAGAGGGGCUCAGGACAUUCAGCAGAUUGCAUUGUAUAACAUUGUGUCUGUGUGUCUUGUGCGUCCGCUCGACUUUGUCAAGUAUGCAAGCCAUUUCUUGGUCAGGGCAACGGAUACCGCGCCCAUCUGGGAGCUCAAGCUCGAAGUGCUGGCGCUCAUCUUCCCCCACAGCCCAGUACACGUCAAGAGCCUCAUUCUGAAAGAGCUGGAACACUUUUCUCAGGGCUCCAACAAGGCUCUUGUGCGCGAAGCUGUCCGAGCCAUUGGCCGUUGCGCGCAAGCAGAUGCCGCCACGGCUCCCAGGUGUCUGAAACUGCUCCUGAGCCAGAUCACAAGCCUGGACGGAACGCUGGCUGCGGAGUCGCUGACGGUCAUCCGGCAUCUCAUCCAGCAAGACGCAGAGGCUCACGCAGGGACAGUCGUGCGCCUGGCCAAGAACCUCGACUCGGCGACUGACCCUCAGGCGAGAGCAACAAUCAUCUGGUUGGUGGGCGAGUUUUCCGGCCUGAACGGCGAGGACAACAUUGCCCCAGACGUCUUUCGAAUUCUUCUCAAGGACUUUGCGAGCGAAUCUGAGGCGGCGAAGCGCCAGAUACUGCUUCUCGGAGCAAAAGUCUACCUACAUCACCUGAACCGCAAGAGCGAAGCCGAGAAAAACAGAGCAGGAGAGGAGGACCCUCCCGUGGAAGAAGAGAAGCACCCCAUUGAAAGAUUAUGGGACUACGUGCUGCUUCUGGUGCGGUACGACGUGUCCUUUGAUCUGCGAGACCGAGCCCGCAUGUAUCGUGCCGUGCUCUCCGUGCCGCAGCUCGCCACGCUGAUGCUCCUCGCGCCGAAGCCGGCUCCCCAAGCCCCGAGCCCCUCUGAGUCGAGAAAGGGGCUCCUCUUGGGCUCAUCGACGCUGGUCCUCGCUGGGGGCGGCGGCCUGCACGGUCUUAGGGGGUACGAGACGCUGCCUGACUGGGUCGAGCCCGGCAAGGAGCCUGAUCCGCGGCUGCGCGAGCCGGAAAGAGACGCUGCGACGGCACGGUACAAUAGCGAUAGGCCGGCGGUGGCGGCGGCGGCUGAUAAGCUCGAUGAGGUGGUGCGGUCGGCGCCUGCUUGCAAGUCGAACGGGCUUGGAGAGGGUUUGAGGACGAAGACGCUGGAUGACUGGCUUGCCGAGGAGGAAGAGGAGGAAGAGUCUGAGGAGGAAGAAUCAAGUGAAGAGGAAGAGAGCGAGGAGGUGGAGGAGGAUGAUGAUGAUAGUAGUGACGAGGAUGAUGAGGAAGAGGACGAUAGUGACGAUGACGGCGAGACGGAUAGAUUGGUCAAGUCAUGA